AUGGAACAUGUCAGCGGCAAAAUUGACUUCACUUCUUUCCGUGUCAACAAAACUAUGGCACCAGGUGAAACUGUUGCCCAAUGCCGAUUCAUUGCAGUAGCCGGAUUUGACACAACAGCAAACACUUUGGCACUGAUAUGUGAGCUGCUUGCAAGAAAUGAGGACAAACAGGAAAUUCUUCUGAAAGAAAUUGACGAUACUGACUCCUUUACAUACGGCAACAUUCAAUCCAUGGAAUAUCUUCACUGCUGCGUCUUCGAAACACUGCGAUUGUUUCCACACGCUUCACCUCUUCAACAUCGCCUUUGUAUGGAAAACUGUCAAGUGGGAGAGUAUUACUUCCGGAAAGGUACCUGCAUCGUUAUUGAUCAGUGGGCUUUGCAUCAUAAUCCUGAAAUAUGGGGAGAUGAUGUGGAAGAAUUCCGUCCUGAAAGAUUUCAUUCACUUCACUACCAAACAGCUUCGUGCUUUCAUGCCUUUCGGAUUGGGCCCACGGCAAUGUGUUGGCAUGCGAUUUGCCCUGAUGGAGAUCAAACUCACGCUAUCUAUGCUGUUUUCGAAAUACAGAAUCCGACGAAAAGACCACAAAAGCGAGGUACGUAA